GUAACGGAUGCAUCGAAGUCGAUGAAUUCCUUCAGGCCUUCCGGAAACACAUGUUAAACCCUCGUGAAGAGCGUGAAUUGCGAGAAGUGUUCGGAGUAUUUGACAGGAACGGCGAUGGCUUGAUUUCGGCAGAAGAUUUGCUUAUGGUGAUGCAUUCACUGGGAAUGAAACUCAACGAAUCCGAUGCCAAUGAUAUGAUACGGGAAGGAGAUGUCGACCACGACGGGAUGAUAAGUUUCCACGGUAAGAGUUAUGCCAGAGUGAUAGAAAUGUGA